CAGUUCUAUACCAUAGAUCAUGUGGUAGUACUUGUGUGAAACAAGGAGUGAAGUUUUCUAACAAAAAUGGAAGAGGAAAAAUUAGAACAACCAUUGUUGAAGAAAAAGUAUUAUGAGAACUGCCCUGGUUGUAAGGUUGAUCAAGCCAAAGAGCUUGGAACAGAUGUUUCACUUCGAAAUCUUUCUUUUAUAUGGAUGGCGGUUUUAUGUGGCACGUUGCCCCUUGCAUCGCUCUUUCCCUUCGUUUAUUUCAUGGUAGAGGAUUUCAAUAUUGCAGAAAGCGAGGAAGAUAUAAGCGCUUAUGCUGGUUAUGUAGGAUCUUCAUACAUGUUUGGUAGAACUUUGACAUCUAUACUGUGGGGUAUAAUAUCUGAUCGCUAUGGUAGAAAACCAGUUAUAAUUGUAGGGGCUAUCACAGUUGUCAUUUUCAACACGUUUUUUGGUCUUAGCACAAAUCUAUGGAUGGCUAUCGGCAUGAGAUUUCUUCUUGGAAGUUUAAACGGUCUGCUGGGACCUAUAAGGGCUUAUGCAACUGAGAUUUUUAGAGAAGAAAAUCAAGCUUUAGGCCUCUCAACAGUUGUGGCAGCUUGGGGAGUAGGUUUAGUCAUUGGUCCAGCAUUAGGAGGUUAUUUGGCUCAGCCAGAACUGAAGUACCCACAUCUAUUUCCAAAGGGUUCCAUUUGGGAUAAGUUUCCAUAUUUUUUGCCCUGCUUUGUUAUAUCAGCUUUUGCAUUUGCAGUAGCAAUUGCCUGCAUUUGGUUACCGGAAACACUUCACUACCAUAAUGGCAGCAAGGAGUCCACUGACAAUGUGGAAGCUGCAGAAGUUGGAAGCAGUGAGAGUAAGAAAGAUAAGAUGAUUGAAAAAGAUGAAAGCCUAUUUCUAAAUUGGCCUUUCAUGUCAUCUAUUAUUGUUUACGGUCUCUGCUCUCUCCAUGAUAUUACUUAUCAAGAGGUUUUCUCUUUAUGGGCCGUCAGUCCCCGAAGGUUAGGUGGUUUGAACUUUACAACUAAUGAUGUUGGCAAUGUUCUUGCAAUAUCAAGUACCGGUAUUGUAAUAUACCAGCUUUCUCUGUACCCAUCAAUGCAAAAAGCCUGUGGUCCUGUUAACCUUGCUCGCAUUGCCGGGGUAUUAUCCAUACCCCUCUUGCAAAGUUACCCCUUCACGACAUUACUGUCUGGCUCCACCCUAUACCUUGUGAUAAAUAUUGCUUCCAUUCUGAAGUUUCUUAUGGGUGAAACAAUUUCAACCUGUCUAUUCCUUCUGCAAAAUAGAGCAGUGGAACAACAUCAAAGAGGGGCAGCUAAUGGCAUUGCAAUGACUACUAUGUCAGCAUUCAAAACAAUAGGUCCUGCUGGAGGCGGUGCAUUAUUAGCAUGGUCACAAAAGCGGUUAAAUGCUUCUUUCCUCCCAGGCACCCAUACUGUUGGAGAAAGAGGAAUAAAAGGAACAGAAAACGUGAAAGUUAUAGAUUGAAAGACUUGGAGUACUUUUGAUGUUCAAACCAUUCUUGGGUGUAAAGAAAGAAAAACCAAUGGAGCAGUUACAGUGAUAUCAAUAAAUUUUGCAUAAGGUAUGAAGCAAUUUAGGGUUGUCUGCAUACAUUUGGUGGUGAGAUCAUACCAACUAUAAGUUGAACAUUGGCAUCAUGUAAGUUUGUAUUUCGAUCUUUUGAGAUUUUAGUAUGGGUGAAUGCAUGGUAGAAAUAAUUGGUUUAAGAAGAUUUGUAUGAUUGAAUUUCAUUAUGUAAUUUUAUUUGCAUAUUUGAUAUGUACUGAUAGAUGUAUCUUACUAUAUGCACAUAGAAAACUUUCAUUAUUGCAUUAUCUCGUUCGAUCUGUGAAUGUGAUUAUGCGAGUCAGGAUGACUUUUUAUAGGUCAGUUAAUCUAAGUCUUCACAUACAAGGUAAAUACA